CGUCGACGCAGAGGCCGAGGUGCGCGCGGUGUGCCGCGGCCGCGCGGCGGCCGCUGCGCAGGAGGCCCCAAGCUCGGCGGCGGGGCCGCGGCCGCGGCAGGCGGAGGCGGGCGAAUUCACUAUCACGGAGCUGCGGCGCCGUCUACGGGGGGAGGAUGGCCUGCGCGGGCGCGGACGCCGCCGCCCUGCAGAUCGACCGCAUCGACGCGCAGGGCCUCUUCCACCGCUGGAACGCCGGGCAUCCCGAGAGGGCGAUCCGGCCCGGCGACCACGUCAUCGAGGUGAACGGCUGCCGCGGCCACGCGUCGGUCCUCACGGCGCAGCUGAAGCAGGCCAGGGUGCACCGCAUCGUCAUCCGCAGAUCGCCGGAGGCGCCCGCGGCGGAGGCCGCCGGCGGACCCCCGGCGCCGCAGGCGGGGGCGCGUGCCGCCGAUGAGGCCCCGCAGCCGGGGCCCCUGCAGGGCGAGUGGCGCGACAGGUGCGGCAAGGUGUGCACCAUCACUGGAACGACGCUGCGGUGGACCCACCCUACGGCUGGGGCGACGGCCACGAAGGUGGAGCUGAUGGGCGUCACCGUCCGCAUGGUGUUCCUUGGGCGGGUCCAGUGCGGAGUGCUGCAGGGCGACCAGAUAUGCUGGUCGAAAUCGGACAUCUGGUGGAAGGAGCGGCCGUGCAUUUAGGUGUGUGGCCUUUGGCGAUCGCAGGUCGCCCUUUACAGUGCAUGACGCCGCACAGCCAACCUUGUACGUUACCAUACAAUGUAAUAGUGGGGAUGGGGCUGUCCCGCCGUUGGCGGCUACUACUCUGCGUGCUCCAGCCCAAUGACACAGACUCUUCGCACAGCUGUCUGCAUCUUAGAGGAAUGGUGUUCGUUGGCGCCACGAUAUGGUCCACGCAUGGCCGGGCGGAGAUUAUGUUUCCGUUGGCGACCAGCCCCCUGCCGUGAAGGGGAAUUUUUCAUUUUGAUUGCUGCGCACGGCAGUGGGCAUCUUAGAAUAUUGGUGGCCGUUGGCGCCACGAUGUGGUCCACGCAUGGCCGGGCGGGGGCUGUCCCGCCGUUGGCGACCAUCACUGUGCAUGCUCCCGCCCAAGGACUUCUGACGCCCGCCUUUCUUCAACAUUCGGAAAGUUUGCGCCUCCCGAGGGGGGCGCGCAGCACG